AACUCAUUGUGGAGAGGGAUGGGAGUGCGUGUUUAAAAGAGCCCCCCUCCUUUCGGGGAUUACCGAAGCCAACUCACUAACAUCCGCGGUGCGUGUGUGCGCGUGCGUGUGGAGGGGGGGUGCAAUAAGCGUGAAUCAUGGCCGUCGUCACUACUACCGGCCGGGAGCGGAGCCUGAAUUGUGCAAGAUACGGAUAAGAGCGGAGAGAGGUCCAGUUCUCCCCGGUCUCCUCCCCGCGUGGAAAUGCCCCAGAAGAGGCUCGUGCGCCGCCGCCGCCGCCUCCUCCUCACGCUUCACAUGUGCUCCUGCUGAAGAAGUCACUCGCCACACAAACCUGGCAAAGGGCAGUUUGCAAGCGAGAAAGAACCAGAGGGACUAUUUUUUUUAAAACUUUAAACUUUUUCUUUUGUCGUGCGGAAAUUUUUCUCAGCCGGGAGGGAGAGAGAGAGAGAGAGGGCGAGCGAGGGAGGUAGAAGGAGAUAACUAGACACGGAGAGGAGGAGAAAAGUUGGUGCUUGUUGGUGAACGAGGACAACAUGGGGAACGCGGGGAGCAUGGACCAGCACGCUGACUUCAGAGGACACAACAUGCCUCUGAAGCUCCCCAUGCCCGAGCCCGGCGAGCUGGAGGAAAGAUUCGCAACCGUUUUGAGCUCGAUGAAUCUUCCUCCGGACAAAGCGCGACUGUUGCGUCAGUAUGACAACGAGAAGAAGUGGGAGCUCAUCUGCGAUCAGGAGCGAUUCCAAGUGAAAAACCCGCCUCACGCGUACCUCCAAAAGCUGAGGAGUUAUCUGGACCCUGCAGUCACAAGAAAGAAAUUCAGACGGAGAGUUCAGGAGUCCACUCAGGUCCUGAGAGAACUGGAAAUUUCGUUGCGGACCAAUCACAUAGGGUGGGUGAGAGAAUUCUUAAAUGAGGAGAACAAAGGUCUGGACGUGCUGGUGGAGUAUCUUUCAUUUGCACAGUAUGCCGUCACGUUUGAUGGGGAGUCUGCGGAGAACGACCCAGAGGCUGUUAUGGAUAAGUCUAAACCCUGGAGCCGUUCUAUAGAAGACCUGCACGGAGGAGGAACCCUGCCCUCCUCCAUCACUGGGAACAGCAUCACACGCGCUGGCCGACAUUCCACGAUACGCAACAACACUCUGCCGAGCCGGAGAACUCUGAAAAACUCCAGACUGGUCUGCAAGAAAGACGACGUCCAUGUGUGCAUCAUGUGCCUGCGUGCCAUCAUGAACUACCAGUAUGGCUUCAACUUGGUCAUGUCCCACCCCCAUGCUGUGAAUGAAAUCGCUCUAAGUCUCAACAAUAAGAGCCCAAGAACUAAAGCUCUAGUCUUGGAGCUCCUGGCAGCAGUUUGUCUUGUGAGAGGAGGCCACGAAAUUAUUCUCUCUGCGUUCGACAACUUCAAGGAGGUGUGUCUGGAGACGCAGCGGUUUGAGAGGCUAAUGGAGUAUUUCAAGAAUGAGGACAACAACAUUGACUUUAUGGUGGCCUGCAUGCAGUUCAUAAACAUAGUCGUGCACUCGGUGGAGGACAUGAACUUCCGAGUUCACCUGCAGUACGACUUCACCAAGCUGUGUCUGGACGACUACUUAGACAAGCUAAAACAUACAGAGAGCGAUAAGCUGCAGGUUCAGAUCCAGGCCUACUUGGAUAACGUGUUUGACGUGGGAGCCCUACUGGAGGAUGCCGAGACCAAAAACGCUGCCCUGGAGCGCGUGGAGGAGCUGGAGGAGAACAUGUCGCACAUGACAGAGAAGCUGCAGGAUACGGAGAACGAGGCCAUGUCCAAGAUCGUGGAGCUUGAGAAGCAGCUGAUGCAAAGGAACAAGGACCUUGAAUCGAUUAGGGAAGUCUACAAAGACACCAGCUCGCAGGUACACACACUGCGGCAGGUGCUGAAGGAGAAGGACGAGGCCAUCCAGCGACAGAGCAACCUGGAGAAAAAGAUCCACGAACUGGAGAAACAGGGCACCAUCAAGAUCCACAAGAAGGGGGACGGAGACAUCUCCAUCCUGACAUCGCCCUCCUGCGGCGUGGGGGGCUUGCCAGGUGCGCUGACGGGCGGAAACGUCGCAGCUGUCACCCCGAAUCACGUGGGAGUCGCCGCUGACACUCCGCCACCGCCCCCUCCAGCCCCCCCGCUGCCAGUGAACGGCACACUGUCAAAUGGACAUUCGUCAGUGACUCCGGCAGCUGCAGCUCCCCCGCCUCCACCGCCUCCUCCGCCGCCGCCUCCCCCUCCAGGGCUAACCUCGCAUCUCUCGGCACAUCUGCCUCCUGUAGCGCCGCCGCUGCCCGGCUGUGGGACGCCCACAGUCAUCAUGAACUCCGGGUUAGCAGCUGUUAAGAUCAAGAAACCCAUCAAGACAAAGUUCCGGAUGCCCGUCUUCAACUGGGUGGCCCUGAAACCGAACCAGAUCAACGGCACAGUCUUCAACGAGAUUGAUGACGAGAGGAUCCUCGAGGACCUAAACGUGGAUGAGUUUGAGGAGAUGUUCAAGACGAAAGCUCAGGGCCCAGCUAUCGACCUCAUCUCGAGCAAGCAGAAGGUCAUCCAAAAGAUGCCCAACAAGGUGACGCUGCUGGACUCCAACAGAGCAAAGAACAUGGCCAUCACACUGAGGAAAGUGGGCAAGACUCCUGAGGAGAUCUCCAAGGCCAUUCAGAUCUUCGACCUGCGAACUCUGCCGGUGGACUUCGUGGAGUGUCUGAUGCGCUUCCAGCCCACGGAAAAUGAGAUCAAAGUCAUGCGGCAGUUCGAGAAGGAGCGCAAACCACUGGAGAGCCUGACAGACGAGGACCGCUUCAUGAUGCAGUUCAGUAAGAUCGAGCGGCUCAUGCAGAAGAUGACCAUCAUGGCCUUCAUCGGCAACUUCUCCGAGAGCGUGCAGAUGCUCACACCGCAAAUUCAUGCAGUCAUCGCAGCAUCCGUGUCAAUCAAGUCGUCUCAGAAGCUCAAGAAGAUUCUAGAGAUUAUCUUGGCACUUGGAAACUACAUGAACAGCAGUAAAAGAGGAGCGGUGUACGGCUUCAAGCUGCAAAGCUUAGACCUGCUCCUCGAUACCAAGUCGACGGACCGCAAGAUGACGUUGUUACACUACAUCGCCAACGUGGUGAAGGAGAAAUACUCCCAGGUUUCUCUCUUCUACAAUGAGCUGCACUAUGUGGAGAAAGCUGCAGCAGUGUCGCUGGAGAACGUCCUGCUGGACGUGAAGGAGCUGCAGAGAGGCAUGGAGCUGACCAAAAGAGAGUACAGCAUGCACGGCCACAACACCAUGCUCAAAGACUUCAUCGCACACAACGAGAGCAAGCUGAAGAAGCUGCAGGAUGACGCCAAGAUCGCACAGGAUGCCUUCGACGAGGCAGUGAAGUUCUUCGGAGAGAACUCCAAAACAACGCCGCCCUCCGUCUUCUUCCCUGUGUUUGUGCGGUUUGUUAAGGCCUACAGGCAAGCAGAAGAGGACAAUGAGCACAAAAAGAGACAGGAGCAGUUUUUGAUGGAGAACUCCCUGGAACAGGAGGCCAUGAUGGAGGAGGCCCAGAAGUCUCCGUCUCAUAAAAACAAGCGGCAGCAGCAAGAGUUGAUCCAGGAGCUCAGGAAGAAGCAGGUGAAAGACAGCCGCCACGUCUACGAAGGCAAAGACGGAGCGAUAGAGGACAUCAUCACAGCCCUAAAGAAGAAUAAUAUUACUAAAUUUCCCAAUGUCCACUCGAGGGUAAAGUCCUCCAGUAGCACACCUGUAAUGGUGGAUGUGUCCCAAACCUGGCAAGCAUCUCUUUAUUAUCUCUUCUGUUUUGACUGUAAUUUCCUUCAUCUCUCUCAUUCUAUCCCCUCCAUAACAACACAUUUGAAUGUCUUGACAAUACAAAAUAGAUAAUUCACCCAUUUUAUUAGGAUGGCGCAUCUUGCUUUCACAAGAUCCAUCUAAGUUUUCCUACGUAGAAGUGAAAACCCUGUUGCCUGUUUCUGUGGUGAGACAGCUGACCUGCAGGGCCUUUUCUCUGGGUAGAACUCAUGCUGCUUUGAGAGACGUGCUGCCAGCACUCUGAGCACGUGGGCACGUCAAGACGCCGCCACAAGACCACUGACAGAUUGUUCUUUACCCUCCUGCCCCCCCCCCAUCCGCGCCAUUCUACCC